AUGUUGUUGGUAAUUGGGUGUUUCAUGUGGUCAACCUACUGUAUAAUAAUAUAAUUUAUUUUAUAGCUGCGGUUGGAUUUUUGAAAUUAUUGAUCCCAGAAUAGAAAAGAAUAUUAGCACUUUACCCAGUGAUUCUAUUCUAUUUGUUCUUAAGUUGGUUUGCACUGAUAGUUUGA